AUGAAAGCUAACGGUGGGAACACUAUGAGAACCACUAUCGUCAUGCAGGCAGUAGUACUGUAUCUAUUCCAAAACUGGGUCGACGGGUCUAGACCGGGGUCAGGCCACCGGUUGGAUGUUUACAUUGCCGGUUUCUUCCCGUAUGGCGAAGGAGUGGAGAACAGCGAGACAGGCCGUGGAGUAAUGCCAAGUGUGAAGCUUGCCUUGGAUCACGUAAACGAGCACUCGACCAUUCUGCGAAAUUACCGAUUGCACAUGUGGUGGAACGACACGGAGUGUAAUGCGGCCGUCGGGGUCAAGUCGUUUUUCGACAUGAUGCACUCUGGGCCGCACAAGCUUAUGCUGUUCGGUGCCGCCUGCACCCACGUAACCGACCCGAUAGCGAAAGCGAGCAAACAUUGGCACCUAACCCAGCUGUCAUACGCGGAUACGCAUCCUAUGUUUACCAAGGAUGCGUUUCCGAACUUUUUCCGCGUGGUGCCAUCGGAGAAUGCGUUUAAUGCACCACGAUUAGCGCUUUUGAAGGAAUUUAAUUGGACCAGAAUUGGAACAAUCUAUCAGAAUGAACCGAGAUACUCAUUACCUCACAAUCACAUGGUGGCCGAUCUUGAUGCCAUGGGACUUGACGUUGUAGAAACGCAAAGCUUCGUCUACGAUGUGGAAGAAUCUUUACGCAAGCUACGCGAGAAGGACGUUCGAAUCAUUCUGGGUAACUUCAACGAAUACUGGGCCAGAAAGGUGUUUUGCGAAGCGUACAAGUUGGACAUGUUCGGUCGAUCGUACCAAUGGUUGAUCAUGGGAACGUACACCAACGAGUGGUGGGCCGAAAAUGAUACCGACUGUAUGGUCGACCAAGUACGGUUGGCAUUGGAGUCGUCAAUGCUGGUGGAUCUACUACCACUUUCUACCAGUGGCGACAUCACGAUUUCCGGCAUUAACGCAGAUGAAUACCUAACCGAAUACAACAGCCGACGAGGAAGUGAGUAUUCACGGUUUCAUGGUUACACGUACGAUGGAAUCUGGGCUGUAGCGUGCGCAAUACAGUAUGUCUCACAGCGUAAAGAACACUCGCUGACUCAUUUUGAAUAUCGAGUAAAGGAAUGGGAGAAUAUCUUCAUCGAGGCGCUGAAAAAUACCAGCUUCGAGGGGGUUACGGGUCCCGUGCGCUUCUACAAUAAUGAAAGAAAGGCAAGCUUUCUGUUGAAACAAUUUCAAAACGGCGAGGAGGUUAAGAUUGGAGAGUACAGUUCGUUGACGAAUCGUUUAGAUCUAUCACUCGGUCAUCCGAUGAAAUGGGUUGGCCGAGCUCCCCCGAAGGAUCGAACACUCCGGAUCAUAGAGCACAGUCAGGUUAACAUAACGAUUUACGUAGUCCUUGCUAGUCUCUCGUGUGUAGGAAUCGUAAUGGCAACCGUAUUCUUGAUCGUCAAUAUUAAAUACCGGAAUCAACGAUAUAUCAAAAUGUCCAGUCCCCAUCUGAAUAAUCUAAUUAUCAUUGGAUGUAUUCUGACCUACAUGAGCGUAAUUUUUCUCGGAUUGGACAGUGGCUUGAGCAGCGUGGCUGCAUUCCCCUACAUCUGUACGGCCCGUGCCUGGCUACUCAUGGCCGGGUUCAGCUUGGCGUUCGGUGCAAUGUUCUCCAAAACGUGGCGUGUGCAUUCUAUUUUCACCGACUUGAAGCUCAACAAAAAGGUGAUCAAGGAUUAUCAACUGUUUAUCGUAGUCGGGGUGCUGCUGGCGAUAGACUUGGCAAUUAUGACCACCUGGCAAAUUGCGGACCCGUUCUAUCGGGAAACGAAACAUAUUGAACCUUCGGUGCAUCCAACAUUGGAAGACGUCAUCAUUGUUCAGGAGAACGAAUACUGCCAAUCCAACAGAAUGACAAUUUUCAUCGGUGUAAUCUAUGCGUACAAAGGAUUACUCCUAAUCUUUGGUGCUUUUCUGGCAUGGGAAACUCGACACGUGUCUAUCCCAGCACUGAACGACUCGAAACAUGUCGGAUUAUCCGUCUACAACUGUGUGAUCAUGUGCGUGAUGGGUGCCGCUAUCGCUUUAGUACUAUCGGACCGCAAGGAUGCUGUGUUCAUACUGAUUUCAAUAUUUAUCAUCUUUUGUACAACGGCCACACUUUGUUUGGUGUUUGUUCCCAAGUUAGUAGAACUAAAACGUAAUCCAAACGGGGUGGUUGACAAAAAGGUACGUGCAACGCUGCGACCAAUGUCCAAGAACCGUCGCGACUCAUCAGUUUGUGAACUGGAACAGCGAAUGCGAGAUGUUAAACAGACUAACUGUCGCUUCCGAAAAGUGCUAAUGGAAAAAGAAGCAGAGCUACAAACCCUCAUCAAACGUCUUGGGCCGGAUGCUCGUGCUUGGAUAGGAUUGGAAACCUGUUCUUCAGAACCGGACGUUAACAAGGAAUCUGUCAAGAUUCAAGUGAAAAAGGAUUAUGCCAGCGAGGGAACCGAAUUUACAUCAAUUGGAAGUCUAGUCUCGAGUAACGAUACAUUAGAUUCCGUUGGUCCAGAAAGAAAAAAGAAAACGACCGUUGUUUUACCUGGCGAGGAACUUCCAACCAAACCAGUAGCAUCUGUCGUUACGAAUACUGUAACUAGGAGCAGUAUGGUCAACACCACCACCAAUGUUCCAGUUGCAAAUGCAACGAUGCCAACCGCGUCAUCAUUGAUCAGCGCGAUCUCUACAGCGGCACAAACUGUAGUAACAACACAAACUGCAAUGGCCAAGCCAUUGCCACCUACAGCAAAUAGUAUUGGAAGCUCUACCAGCGUUCCCCAAGAUCCGAACAAACCAAUGUUCAAUGAUGUUCGCAGGGAGUCAGUAUCUUGUUCGAAGUGGUCACCUGGUCAGAUUAAGGAUCGAAACGAGGAUGAUCGUAGUUAUCAGAGCACAACAAAAAUGAACAAUCAGAUGAACGGUACCUCUGUUGCAUCAUUGAACCAUUCAAACAGCGAGCUUAAUCAGGUGUGUCACCAUAGCAAACCAAGCAGCAAGAGUAGAGAUAUAGGCAACGACACUGCCCGAAGAGUCAGCGUCCAGGCAACAUCUUCGUUGAAGGGUAACUUUGUCGUAUCUCAGAGUGAUCUCUGGGACACGCAUACGCUGUCACACGCCAAACAACGCCAAUCCCCAAGAGGACAAUCGCGCUGUCCCGAUCACAGUCAUCCACCGCCACAACAGCAACAACAAGCACAACAGCCUCCACAGUAUGAUCACGAACGUGAAAACAGCACGGCUUCAUCGCCCGGUCCUAUUCAGCGUAGCGUAUCGGAAAAGAACCGCACAAAACAUCGUCAUAAACAGAAGUCGACUGCAUGUCAGAGCGAAACCGAUAGCGAGCGGGAGCAGCGUGACUAUCAGAACUUCUCCCCGUCCGUUUGUUCAACUGGCAGCACUGCCGUUUCGACGUCAGUUGCAGGUGGUUGCGUAACACCUACGAAGAUGACCUCACGAAAACUGUCUAAAGCACAGCAUUCCCACCAUCACUCCACCCCGAACGUGGCUCCGGAGAAGAAGGCCGGAGUCGGGUCCGGUGGAAGCACUCACAUAAGACACCGCAAGAAAGAUUCCAGCUCAAAGCCAAAUCUGUAUGGCGCUUGCUCCGAAUCGGAGCUGCUUGAUGGCGAUACGGCUAUUUUGCCGAUCUUUAGGAAACUGCUUAACGAAAAGGACUCAAAAUAUAGGACUAGAAAUAUGGUAGGCGCUAGCUGCCCUAAUAUAUCGAUUAAAUGUGAUAUUGUUGAGUAUCUGUAAAGAAUGGUUUUUUGGUCUGUUACAUUUAGUUUUAGUAAGUACAAUCAGUAUUUGGGACAUAGUCAAUCUAGAAGCUUGAUAUGCCAUUGAAGCAAGAUGAGACGCUGAAGUCAAGAAGAUUAUUUUUAGAAUACAUUAUUUGGCAACUACAGUUCUUGUGGACAGUUUAGUCACUACCCAAGAAACAAUUGAAGUUUUAUACCAUGAUAAAAGUACAAGCUAAGUUUUAUGAGUGGCUAUGAAAUUCCCAUAAAACCUCAAUUAUUACUAGGGUAUACAUCUUUCUAACAGAUUCUCACAUUUAUCCAUUGUAAGAAAUUACUCUCAAACUUUUUCAACCAUGAUUAUUUAGAGUCGUUUCGAGCUUCAGCACUAAUAUUUCAUCGAAGAACAUCGAAUACCAAUCAAGCCUAUCCGAAAUAUGAUUCGAAAGCGGUUGUAAUAUUUGAGCCGUAGAUAUUACAACCGCUUUCGACUCAACCGGGUUCGAAAACCAACUAGAUGUCGUGUACUCUCCCACACUGGAGUUCUAUGCAAGUCAUUUCACACAGACUAAUUGGAUGUUUGUUUUCCUCCAGCUGUCAUAUAUGAAACUGUCAGCCAAUUUAAACGUUUGAAAUAGAUCGCCUAAAGUAUUUAUAAUGGUGUUGAAAUGCUCCAUGUCGCUGUAUAGCUUAUUCCGGAGACGUACAAUACCGGUUGAUCAGGUUCCAGCACGAAAAUAAUCCGACCGAAAAGCUAUUUUCAAUUUGUUUCCCUCCAUCUAUGACAGGUGGAGGAAAACAAAUUGUUGAACACACUAAUACAGUUACAGAUUGUCAAGUAGUCUCUAGGAGUGACGCACGGCUAUUGUGCUCGUUGCCAUAACCAUUCUCAUUCUAAAAUGCGCCCGUCGUUCAAGAUAACUUUGUGAUCAAAAUUGAGGUCCUCUCCAAUUGUCCCAUAUCAGUUGGUACUUCUUUGAAUGAUGUCCCAAGUCACGGGACAAAAUUCGCCAAGUUGAAGUUUGUAAAUGGCCGAGGAAAGCACUGAAAUGAAUGUAGAUUAUAAUGAAAUGCCUGUGUUAUGUUUGUAUGGAAAGUUUUUACUGAAAGAUUAUAGUCAAUUUAAUUAAUUAUUGAUCUUGGUUACAUGCUCAAAUUCAAGCAAUGCUUUUUCCUAUUAUAUGUUACCCAAUAAAUUGUGAUAUGUUUAUAUAUAACUCUAAUAUCCUCCAUUAAACAGAUUACUCUUAUACACCCAAUGUUGCACGGCGUUUUUUGUAUAAUAAAAAUGUGUGCCAUUCGGUACAACGGCCAACUGAUCAUGUUUAACAAAUUUUUAGGAUUCAGCGAUGGCUAGAGUGAACUGAUUGUUGAGGUUCGGGCAGCUUGAAAUCCCAAAACAGCUUGCAUGUUUUGCAUAUUCAGUCAGCCAGGAGGGAAUGACAAUCUUUGAUAUCGGUCGCAAAGCUAGCAUCCGCGAACCCAACAAUAGUGUGAUCUAUUUCAUUCUUUGCAUAAACCAAACCAAAAUCCAACCUUUCAAGUUCCUCCUGCAAGUACAUCCUUGUCUUGUUCUCAAUGUUGCUUCGAUAGAUUACAUUGAAACUGUCUGAAGGACAUUGCUGAAUUAAAAUCAGAACGCAAUGACACUACCAGCUACUAAAGACGCCGAUGAGUUCCCGAUAUGGCUUAUCUAAAUGCUGCCUUUUCACUGAUUUCUCGGGCUUUAGAGUGGCUCUGAGACAAGCAACGCGUAGCAUACUGAGCGUUUCGUUCCACCAAUUAGCUGGACGUCGUCUAUUACGUGGUUCCAGUUUUCCCAGCAUCGUGGUGUCACAAACCCUCACCAUCCUUCUUGUUACAUCAGCCCCACAUUCUCGGUCCCACCGUUCAGCCGAAGUUCCUCUACAAUGAGGUCUUUGUUGAAGGUUUUCGUCUUCCACAAUCGCUCGUCGGUCAGCCUACUCCGUGUUGCAGCAGGGUUCCGUUGACGCAUACGGUAGCGAAUCGCAUGCUCGUCGCUAUGUGUAUACUACUCGCAUACUCUCCAAUCCACGUUCGCCAUCAAUGAAGGACUAAAGAAUUCCAGCGGAUCUCGGAAGGCGGAACGUGAUGCACUACUUCGCACUCAUUCACUUUGCUGAAACUGCUUCCGACAGGGUUGUCGAGUAAAGGAUUGUCAGUACAAAUUCUCGUGCAGCAAUUCCAUGGGCUAGUAUCAUGCUUAUCAGUUAUGCUUCAAGCGCAAGAAGGAUAGCAACGGCAAGGGGACAGUCGUUGUAAUAGAUGGAAAUACCACUACUGCGAAGGAACCUCAAACUUUUUCCUCCACCAAAUGAGCUAACUUUACCGCUACCGACGUGUUAGCAUUCAGUGCAGCUCAGCAGUUCUCAUCACAGGUCCUGUUGUCUACCGCGGUAAUCGUUGUCGAAGAUGAUGACGGCAGACACGUUGCAGCUGGUGCUCUUCUGGACCGGGAUUGGAGAGUAAUUUUAUUACGGAGCGAUUGAGUCAACGAUUAAAUGUUGAACGGCAAAAGGUAGACAUUUCGUCUACCGAUACUACGGCAAAACAGCGGAUUUUAACAACGAUUCGGCCAUGAAUUUCCGAUUUUUCAUCAGAAUGAGCUUUCUCGCAUAGGCGAUGGUGACUGUGAAUCUACCGACAGUUACGAUCAACGCAACAAGACGGCAAUUCCAAAUAGCGUUCAAAUGGCCGAUCCGUUAUUCUGUGUUUCCAAGAGUAUGGACAUGAUAUUCUGCAUUGGAGUUUUUUCAACUUUUUUGUGACUGGUCAGAAAAUUCAAUUUGACGAGCAAAUGCCAGUGUUGAACAAGUCGAUAUUUGGAUGGGUGGUGUGCAGUGGUCUGUCAGCUUCAAAUCAAGCGCUACAGAUCAACAACAAUGUAUCCAUGUCAGAUAACUUGGGCACUCUAUUGACAUAAUUCAGAAGAAAUGGAAUCAGCAGUAAACUAUUAUCCAGAGGAAGUGCGUUGUGUGGCAUUAUUCGCUCAAACGGUCCAACGUGGAACAACUGGACCGCAUACUAUUUCUAUGCCAAAGGACGAAGUAGUUCUUCAACGGAUGGGCGGUUCAAGAGACAUCGCAUUCCGAUGGCUCCUAGAAAUGGACCGCAGGUUAGCAAAGAAAGUUGACCUGAGGAAACAGUACGUUUCGUUUAUGGACUAGUAUUGCCGUUUGGGACACAUGCGAUAUAAACAAGCGAUGCUAGGGUUACUGUGCCCUAAUUUAUCUUAGUACCUCUAUUCAUCUCAUCCAUUUAAACACAUUAGUUAGAGCAGUGAGCAUUAGCUCAAAUUGUAGGAUGAAUAAGGGUGCGGUGUACUUGACUUUUUACUUCGCUCAAACGCGGGCAUUUUACAUUUUCCAAGCCAGAUUUAUUCUGGUACUGCUUCGUAGGAAUGAAGCAAAGCUGUUGAAAUCUAUACAAGCGAAAUUCGAUCACUGUAAGCCUAGUUUUCAGCGAAAUAAUGUGACAUCCUGACUAAUGAGAUGGAUAAGGGCGCUUCUAGUUACCCUAUCCACCAUAUCAUCCGGUGAAGAAGGAGGCAAACGCGACCACAAAGGUUCGAAUGGUCUUUGAGGCAUCUUGCAAAACUUCAUCGAGCGUCUCCUUGGACGGUGCGGUGCAGAAUGCAUUCUCUGGCGUCCCUAACCCACGAAUAAAGUAGCAACGCAUGAACUUAAUACGGUAACCUACGGUACCAAACUUGCACCGUUCCUGGUAACACGCACGCUAAAGCAACUGACGUUAGAUGAAGAAGUUUAGUUUCUGUUGGCAGCGCAGGCAGCUAUCAAGAAUUCGUACAUGGACGACGUGUUACUAGGAUCGGAUGACGUUCAAGAAGCGAUCAAGUUAUGAAUCCAAUCAGAUGAGAUGAUGUUCAGUAGCGGAUUUCGUCUCAAGAAAUGAGCUUCGAACGCAGAACCAGUUUUAGAUGGAAUUACUGAAGAAUACUUAGCAAUCUCUGAUGCUGAUGGGAUCAUCUUGGAUCCAGAUCGUAUUGUUUCGAUAGUAGCCACACAGUUUGACACUUUAAGACUCAGUUGCUACCAUCACAACCAAAUUAACCAAAGUGUGUGUACACUGCUUCUCGGAUGCUUCUAAGAAGGCAUACUGUCUUUCCACACUACUUUUACAGUAAACAGCAAGUUAUGGCGGGUAGCUAGCCUAUAACAAAUAUUCAAUAGCCUACCGAUCGUCAGCAUCUAGUUUAACCCGCCUAGUCGCCUUCAAAAUCAAAAUCGAGAGUUGUUCCUUUGAAAUGUCAAACGAUACUUAGACUUGAGCUUUGUGGAGCGCUCCUGGCUUCUCAAUUAUAUGAGAAGGCACUGCAGUCUAUCAAAAUCAAUUCGCCCCACUUGUGUGAUGCGGUGAAACAAAGCGGUACUACAUAGAGCACGUUCAUUGCCGCCAGGGUUGCGAAAAUACAAAAUCUAACAAAACAUGAUGAAUGGCGUCAAGUUCGCCGAAUACAUAAUCCUGCUGAUUUGAUCUCUAGAAGCUCUGGAUCAGCGUCCCCAAUGAUGGUGUUUCGAGUAACGAGGAGGAAGAAGAGAAAAGACAUCGUACGGUGGCUGCGGCUUCAUCGGUAAAAUUUCAAAUAUACGGAAAUGAUACGUCGGACAGCAAAUUGGUUACGGCUAAUGCAGUUACUACGCACGCCGAAAAAAGACCGCUGGUCAGGCUCGAGCUACGGGCAGCGGAAUGUAUUUCAAUUCGCCUUGUGCCACUUUCUCCAAAGAGUGGAAGGCACUAGCAAGAGGCGAGCCGGUACCAGGCCAAUCACCAAUGUAGUGAUACAAUACAAGCAUCGCCGAAUAUUGUCUCAUACGGUUGGGUAGAAGAUUUGGGCACCCAAAAUGAAGGCAGUGCGCAUAGAGCUGGUUUCGCAACUCUUUACGGUUUGUCGCGAGAAAAGGCAGGCGCAUCGAACUUCAUUCCGACAAUGGUACCAGUUUCGUCGAAGCCCGAAACAAACUACUGGUGUUCUUAUAGUUACAAAAUGACAAGCAACACCGGGACAGGUGUUCCGCGUGUCUUGGUCUUGUGCGGACCAAGACAUGCGGUGGUAUUUUAGCCCUCCAAGCCUCGCAUUCCAGAACAGCACUUUGUUCGGCCAAACAUCAUAUUUUGCGUUCCUCGGAAACAAUCCAGUCAAACAAUCUAGUGGCAUAUAUAAAUGUGAUUUGUGUUAAUGGUACAUCACGACUAUUUUAUGGUCAUUUAGAUACCCAAAAAUCCAUUAGGGUUACCAACCGUCCUUAUUUUAAAGGACAUGUCCUUAUUUUCGAGGUUUUUGGAAAGCGUCCUUAUUUUACUUCAAAUUUCCUUAAUUUUAGUCUUAAACCUUGGCAUAUACAGGGUGGUUCAACAUGAAGUUUUUUAACAGGGCAUUUUCCAGUAGUUAAUUGGUAGUAACUGCAAACUGUCGUGCUAUUGUAGUUUAGUAUUGUUUGCCAUUUCAUAAUGGAACGACUUACACUGGCUCACCAUCUUCAAAUUGUUCAACUAUAUUUCGAAAAUCAGCGAUCUAUGGGAAAUGUGUUUAGUACACUCCGUCCAUAAUAUGGUCGACAUAAUCGGCCAACUGACUCAACUAUUCACCAUACAACCAAAAAGUAAGCGUUGUAGUUCUCGUUAUUGGAUGAUUAGCGAACAAAUCGACCACAUCCAGUACGCAGUGAAGAAAACAUAGCGGCGGUGACAUCCCCAAGCAUGGGAAACCAACAUUAACAACUCGAAUCCGUCAUUAAAAUUUGGAUCAGUCGAAUGGACUACCUGAAGCUCCAACAUGGUCAACAUUUAAAAGAAAUUGUUUUCAAACAAUAAAUGGCAAAAAAUGUUCUUUUGAUUGAUAAAUAAACAAUUCGCAAUUUACUGCAUUUUUCAAUUUUUUUACUAGAUUAAAAAAAACGUCAUGACGAAUCACCCUGUAUUAAAUUAUUCAGAUCAACUUUAUUCCAAAAGAAUCAUUUUUUUCCAGCGAUUUUUUUGGUAAUGCAUACUCUCUGCGACUCAUGGCAACCAAAAUUUGUUUUACUCAGAAGUAACCAAAAUUUGUUGGAUUGCUCAAUAUGGCCAAAGUUCGGUAUUGACAAUAUACUAUUCUCAUUUUUCUCGAUUGAGAUACAACGUCCCAGUUCAACCGCUGGAAAAUUAGCCAGAAUUUCGACUGUUUUUUUUCAGAAUUCUGGAUCAAGUGACAUAACUGGCAAAACAUUUGGCAGGGAUGUCCUUAAUUUGCUCUCAGUCUAUUUGGUAACCCUACCUAACAACUGAUCAUUAACCAAGUAUCUGCGGGCCGUUCACUUCUGAUUGCCCAGCAACGGCAGUUUUCCAUUGUUAAUCCGUUGGGUAUGUGCAGAAAGAGCGUUUAGUUUCUCUUCAGAGUGCAUUGUUUACAUCCGAUCAGUUGUGCAGUUGUUAGUUUGAAUCCAGCCGACAUGGAAGAAAAUCAGCAAACCGUUCACGAAAGGAUUUUGUUCACACACACACACAUGACAAAUUCUGGGUUAUUGCAUCGCCCCUUGGGAAAGCCAACACAAUAAUACAAUAUACACCAUUCAACUGUUUCACAGUUGCACCAAAAGUUCCAAAAACAAAUGACAGUAGACCAUAAGCCAGGAGCUGGACGUAAACCGGGAAUAACGCGUGAAAAAAAUCGAGAGAGCUUUUUGGCCAUUUCAUGCGGAGUCCGAAUAUUUCGACUCGGGAUCAAGGAACGAUCUGGACUAACAACGAACAAGAUGCAGAAUUUUCCAAGUCGAAACGAACGUCAGCAUUGUUGCCAAAACGCAUGCCUGGAAACUCUACAAGACGUUGUUCACAAAAUACCGGUGCUGUGUCAAAGCAGGGUUUUAAAAUAUUCCUAUAGGCUUUCCCUUCAAGCCGUUUGGCAGUUUCUUCAUCUGAGCAGUGAAAAACAAUCUCGCUCGAGCUGUGGGAGGCGAGGGGAGAAGUGGGGUAUUAGGUGAAAAGGAGAUUCAUGAUCUGUGAAUUUUGCACAUCGGUGCACAACUUCAAUUGAAUUUCCCGAGCACAGACGGAAAGUUCGUCUGAGAUCCACCCACCGAGCUUUCCCGACCGAGCAUGAUUAGACAUGGGUCGCUGUCUUAUAUUCAAGGGGGCACCAGCUCUUUGAAAUUGUAUGCUCCCGGGCAGAGAACUGAUAGGAUAUGAACGACGUGAUGGAAUCCGAAAGCUUAACCCGAGGUAUAUUUGUACCAAUCAUUCGAAUACUAUGUUUUGCCCCGAGGAGGCUUGUUAGACGAGAAUUCUAGAGCUUUUUUUCAUUACAUCAUAUCUAACAGAAACGUCAAACGGAGAAAAUCGCGCGCAAAAAUUUCCUUGCAACUUUUAAAUUUAUUAACCAACUAAAGCACCCAGAAGGCUAUUAAUUCUACUAUCACCUAAAUACAGGAUCGUAUAAGCAUAUUACAUGUUUUUCGCAAAGAUAAUAGGGAGAUAAUUGAUAACUAUUAUUUUAUUACAUUUUGCCGAUCACUUUUGCUAUUAUGCUCUUUUACAUAUGUGGUCUAGGCAACACCGUUUGUAGAUGGCACAUUUUACUGUGCCGUUUUGAGAGACGGGCUUGUAGUUGAGAUAUAUUUCAUGUGCUGUAUUGCAACCGAGAGUGUAGAUAUGAGGUUUGACAUUGGAAAAAGAUGCUAACUACAGUCGACUUGGAAAAACAUCACAAUCAACAAAAUAUUAGCAAACCUUUGGUAUACUAUACGUAACAUUUUGACUUAAGAUUAAAUUAACAUGUAAAGAGUUAUUAUUUUUCUCAAUUAUUUGUGGAAGAUAAAGAGUCAAUGCUUAGUUUUUAUUUGGCAUAAUAAACUUAGUUUACAUUUGUUAGAUAUGACGUUUUGAAUAAACGGUAUAGAAUUAUGUAUCGUGUAGCUGAGUGGUGCAACCAUAAGUUCAGCGGCAUCGUACUCUUGACCGCAACCAUGCACGCGAAUCCUAUGGAUUUAUAUUAAUUCAUAUUAGCCAGUUCCAGAAACCUUCAAACUUAUUCUAGAAAACCUUGUAGAGGGUAUACAUUGGAAGAACUACCAAUGGUCAGUGGAUAUGGAUAAUGUUCCGCUAGUAUAUGAAUUCUGAUUUUGACGAAAUCAUAGCAAGGUCGAAAUAUGGCUAUACUGCCGUUCUACGCAUAAUUGUCCCAUGUUGCUUUUUGGUCAUUUUCACUUUUUUUAAUCAAACAGUCCUUUUUGAUGUAUAUUUUCAGAAACCACAUCCAAAUCAUAAAGUUUGUUCGAAGACUUCGUGAAAAAAUACCAAGUUUGUUUGUCCCAUUGUUGAUAUUCUACGCAUAAUUGUCCCACUAACAAAAAUCCCAAAAAAGUGCGCAAUAAAAAAAUAAUUACGUAGCGUUUAGUUAAGAAGUACAUUACGCUAGAUGUCGGGCACUGAAAAAAUUGAUGGAAAAAUACAGGAUCAUUAAAAAAGAGAUGGCAGUGGCAAUAUUAAUCACAGCAGUGAGAACAAUCCUGUAAAGCUCUUCAUUACUAUCGUCGCUUGCAUAACAUGGCGAACGCAUCUAGGAUAAUGAGCCUAUUUUCGCAAUGUUUCUAUUAUCACGCUACCCAUUUGAAGCCGUUGGUUAGUUCAGCGCUUGCUAUCUUUGUUCAUCAAAUUGGAUCAAAUGGUAGGGCGACAAUUGGAGCACUCGAUUGGAACUUUAGUUGCGAUCAAACACUAGCAUUUCAUCGUUUUCAGGCCAUUUGUGUUAUUAGAUUGGUUCUUAAGAACGAAGCAAAAUUGUGAAUGCCAAAUUAAUGCACUCCAUCGAGUGUAGGCAGAGUAAUUAAUGAAUAUAAUAUAUCUUGUGAGGUACCCUUCUAAAUACAGUAAAAAUAGGUACUUUACCCUAUAUCCAAUUUUGAUGAAGCAACAAACUUCCGAGUAACAGAAAAACUCACGACAUACAGUUUUGUAAAAAAAUGAGUUAUGAGCAUCAUUUACAUAGAUCGUUAUGGGACUGAUAUGCGUAGAACUUUCUAGUUUACGCUCGUUUUCUCGGCAUAACAGUCCCACCUAACAUUUUUUCUUAAAAACUAACGUUAAUUGAUCUCUAUAAUAAAAAACUGGACUGAUUAUAUUGAAAACGAUUGCCAUGAACGUAAUUUUAGACAAUAAAGCUUUAUUUGUUGCACCGUUUCUCUCCAGAUUGCUAAUACAAUUUUCAUCUUCAAUCGCGUUUUGCUCAGUUGCCAGUUUUGUAACAUGGGACAAUUGGCCGUAGAACGGCAGUAUAACACCUAUGCAAUUUUAUAUGUUAUAUUCCUCAAUAAUGAGACACGGUUAAACACUAUUUGCGCAGAAGGUCAUAAUACCUGUAAAUUGAUACAGCCAAGAUUAACGUUUCGACUUACUAUUCAUGACAUGUUAACUUUCCAUUGUCUUUGGUUCGGUACAUAUUCAUGACAUGUUAACUUUCCAUUGUCUUUGGUUCGGUAGAGUUAUAUGAAAAUUCUAUGAGCAUAAAGUGAUUAUUUAUUUUCAAGUCAUCCAAAUUAACUAAAUUGUCCAUUACAGUAAAAUUCUGGCCAAGGGAUUACGUUUGACCAUACCGCUCAAUUAAACUGUCUCAUGUCAAUGGCAAUCAGCUUCAUACCCAAUUAUAGGUAUAUACUUUACGAAUCUUCUCCUAGCACAAAUUUUUGGCAAUCCACUCAAGCAAUAAACUGAAUGUGGGACUAGUUUACUAUCAAUGGAAUUCUAAAAAUCUACCACAUUUUGUGUUUGCACUUCAACAACCAGAACAAUUCUAGUGUAUAGUUUAGAAAGAAAAGGUAACAUAAUAUAGUGUAAUAGAAUUUGAAACCGUCUUCCUACCGAUCAAAGCAUGAAACAUUUUAAGCACAGCAUAACAAAACCUGAACAUAAAUGCACAACGCUCAUGUCAUAAUAGUACACAAUCUUGUUCGAUAAGCACGUUUUGAAAAAACUCGGUUACUUUCUGUUGAAGAAAGCUCAACAAUAAUGCUGAAACAGCGACUUAGCCGGUGCGCGCAUAACAAUGCAUGUAUUUCAACGCAAGUUGAACAUUUUAUAUUCGAUGGUAAGAACCGGAAAACUGUAAAUAUAUGCACAUUUUUUUAUUAAAACAAAAACAGUCGCAAUUAAAAUGGUUAGAUCUUGUUCAUCGAAGUAGACGAUACAAAAAUGAAACAACCAGGCAAAACAUUGACAAUUUCAAUUUUUUCUAACGGGAUAGACGAUAGAUUAAACAAACUAGUUAUCCGCGAGAUAAGAAGAUUCUCAACCACGGAUAGUAAGAAGCAGCAUGCCACUAUUAUAGUUAUAUGUACGUCAAUAGCUAUUAGCUAUACCAUCGUAUUCAUCGAUCAAACGCAGGUAAAUUAGGAGAAGUGCGAACUGAUGUUGAUCAAGGAGCCACAAAAUUAUACCUGUGUGACAAAAACGCUCGUCGUGCAAACAAGCCAACAUAAUAAAAGGAAUGCUGAAAGCCAUGUUGAAGGUUAGUAGUAUGAUUCAUUAUCUAGCCAAAUUGGUAGGGUUUGAAGAAUAUUGAUUUGAUUAUUUAGUUUUGGAAUAAAACGCAUGGAAAUUUU